GCGUCUUUGAUGGGGGACUUGAGCCCGACCAUGGCUGGGCGUGCGGACGAACCCGAAAAGAACGACACGUCCCACGAAUCAUCCAACCAGGCACCCUGGAAAACUGUCCAAAACAUGCCGCCACCUUUCACGCAGCCUCCCAUGGGUGGCUCACUGCAUAACCCUACUCACAGGGACGGGAAUCUCGAGCAGCAAUCCGAUUCUGGUUAUGGAACGUUUCACACAGGCAGAAGCCUAAUUCACAGUGGACUGGACAAGUUUUCCGUCCUCAGCGAGGAGGACUUAGAUCAAGCCAUGGAGGUGCUGGCGUGCACCGAUUCGAUCGAAAAUGACACGCUCGACACCAUGACCGAGUUCUCUGACGCGGGGAGCCUGGCAAUGCGGGAGGACUUCCUAGCCCACAAACUUAUCGAAAAGAUGAUCGACGACCUCAAUAUUCGGGAAGUCGAUGACAUCACGGCCGGGCACCUCAAGGAGAUCCUUCCGGGACUGUUCAAAGACCUCGCCGUGGAAAUCGCGCAGCACACCGGCAGUCAACCUGGCCGAGACAUCAUGUUCCACGUUUACAAGAAUAAAGAGUAGGUUGGGCCGGGCAGUCACGGAACUUACAAUUGAGGGUAGACAUACUGCCACCUUUGGAAUUUUAGGCUCAUCACAAGCUCGUUCUUCGAAGGGC